AGUUCGCGAUUCUGACCGGGACCUGACUGCAGGGCGGUCGCAGGAGGAACAGGGCCUUCCCGGAGCCACUGGAGCAGGGUCGGUGAUGGAGCCCGCAGCCCGGGGUCGCGCCCCGCCCUGAGUCCCACAGUCAUGCUGCCCCGAGGUCGCCCCCGGGCAAUGGGGGCCGCCGUGCUGCUGCUGCUGCUGUUGCUAGUGGUUGGCUUCUUCCUGUUCGGCCGGGACCCGGAUUAUGGACUGGGCACAACUGCUACCCUCGAUGAAGACCCGUACAGGAGUCGCAACCUCUCCGCCUCCAGCCCGCAGCUUCUACUGCCACCCAAGUGCGAGGUAGUUGUGCCAAGUGCUGCCAUCCCCGAGGUUCCUGGCCAGUCCAACCAUCUGGGCAUUUGUGGGAACCACAGCACCUGACAUGUAGCUACCCAGCUGGGAUACCAGAGGACGCUUGCAACGCACGCCCCCCACUCCUGUUCUAAUUCCUCACUUAUGAAAUUGAGGCGUUGCAUCUAGGCACCCCUUCUCCCCAUCCCCACCUCCGCUCGGAUGCCAGAUGUUGCAUGUGGCUAUCGUGUGUGCGGGAUACAACUCCAGCCGAGAGAUUAUUACCCUAACGAAGUCCCUGCUAUUCUACAGGAAAAAUCCGCUGCACCUCCACCUGAUAACUGAUGCCGUAGCCAGAAACAUCCUGGAGACACUCUUCCGAACAUGGAUGGUGCCAGCGGUGGUGGUCAGCUUCUAUGAUGCGGAAGAACUCAAGCCCCUGGUCUCCUGGAUCCCCAACAAACACUACUCUGGCCUCUAUGGGCUAAUGAAGCUAGUACUUCCCAGCAUCCUGCCUCCCAGCCUGGCCCGAGUCAUCGUCCUGGAUACCGACGUCACUUUCUCCUCUGACAUUGUGGAGCUCUGGGCACUCUUUGAUCAUUUUUCUGACAAGCAGGUGGUCGGUCUCGUGGAGAACCAGAGCGACUGGUACCUGGGCAACCUCUGGAAGAACCAUAGGCCCUGGCCUGCCUUGGGCAGGGGAUUUAACACAGGUGUGAUCCUGCUGUGGCUGGACAGGCUCCAGCAAACUGGCUGGGAGCAGAUGUGGAAGGUGACAGCCAAACGAGAGCUGCUCACUCUGAUGGCUACUUCCUUGGCUGACCAGGACAUCUUCAAUGCGGUCAUCAAGGAGCACCCCCAUCUGGUGCACCCCCUGCCCUGUGUCUGGAACGUGCAGCUGUCAGACCACACUCGGGCUGAGCGCUGCUACCUGGAAGCAGCUGACCUCAAAGUGAUCCACUGGAAUUCACCAAAGAAGCUUCGAGUGAAGAACAAGCACGCAGAAUUCUUCCGUAAUCUGCACUUGACCUUUCUGGGGUAUGAUGGGAAGCUACUGCGAAGAGAGCUCUUUGGAUGCCCCAACCAGUUCCCUCCUGGGGCCGAGCAGUUGCAACAGGCCCUAACACAGCUGGAUGAGGAAGAGCCCUGCUUUGAGUUCCGCCAACAGCAGCUCACUGUGCACCGGGUGCACAUCACCUUCCUGCCCCACCAGCCGCCACCUCCCCAGCCUCACGAUGUCACCUUGGUGGCCCAACUCUCUAUGGACCGGCUGCAGAUGCUGGAAGCCCUGUGCAGGCACUGGCCAGGCCCCAUGAGCCUGGCCUUGUACCUGACAGAUGAAGAGGCUCAACAAUUUCUUCAUUUUGUGGAAACGUCGCCAGUGCUCUCUAUGAGGAAGGAUGUGGCCUACCAUGUAGUGUACCGGGACGGUCCACUCUAUCCAGUCAACCAGCUCCGCAACGUGGCCUUGGCCCAGGCUCUCACACCCUACGUCUUCCUCAGUGAUAUUGACUUCUUACCUGCCUACUCCCUCUACGACUACCUCAGGGCUUCUAUCGAGCAGCUGGAGCUGGACAGUCGGCGCAAGACUGCUUUGGUGGUGCCUGCAUUUGAGACCCUACACUACCGGUUCAGCUUCCCAAACUCUAAGGCAGAGCUGUUGACGUUACUGGAUGCCGGCUCCCUUCACACCUUUAGGUACCACGAGUGGCCACAGGGUCACUCAUCCACAGACUAUUCCCGCUGGCGGGAAGCCCAGGCACCAUACAGUGUGCAGUGGUCAGCUGACUAUGAACCCUACGUGGUGGUACCCCGUGACUGCCCCCGUUAUGAUCCUCGCUUUGUGGGAUUUGGCUGGAACAAGGUGGCCCACAUCAUAGAGUUGGAUGCUCAGGAAUAUGAAUUCCUGGUACUUCCUGAGGCCUUCUCUAUCCACUUGCCCCACGCUCCAAGUCUUGACAUCUCCCGCUUCCGCUCCAGCCCCACCUACCGCAACUGUCUCCAGGCCCUCAAGGAAGAGUUCCACCAGGACUUGUCAAGGCGCUAUGGGUCUGCAGCCCUGAAAUACCUCACUGCCCUGCAGCAGGCCCGAAGUCGGGCCUGAGCUUACCCCGCUGCCCUAGCUAUGGCUUACACAUUCCCUGUAGAGGCUGACCAGGGUGUCCACCCUUACUGCUAUUUAAGUUAUUUAAAAUUUUUGUCAGAAGGGGCAGAGUGGAGCAUUUGUGGGGUUCCUGGUUCCUUCUGCUGAUCCACACUGGGAUCCAGCCCUCCUUUGCCUCAGCUGGUUUGGGGCUAGUCUAAUUCUCUUAUAUAAUAAAAAUUUUCAAUUUUUUUUAUCUUA